AGCCAUAAAAUAACUCAACUCUAAACGGAAACCAAGAAACUCCUGCAAAUUUCUGAAAUCUCUUACCCCAUCCCAAAGCACUCUCUCUCCUUCUCUGACCAUUCUCUGCUCUCUGACAUUUUCUUAUUGGGGUAUAACCUUGAAAGUUUCCCCUGACCUGAUCACCUCACUCCCUCCCACUUCGAGAACUGAAAAAAGUUGUCCAUUUUCAUCAGCCAACACCAACCUUGUCUCUGUUUCAACAAAACAACCACUGGGUCUUUCUCUGUUUCUUGACUUCUCUCCAUUUUCUGCCAUUUUUUCUUGCCUUUGUUCCCUGAAAAAACCCAAGAAAAACCAUCCCUUUUCACUAAACAUGCUGAAAACCCCACUAAGCUAGCAUAACAUCAGCACCAUGAGAAAAAGAUCCCAUUUUUCUUGCCUUUUUUUGGGUUUCUUCAACCUUUUUUGAUAAUGGGAAUAUUAUCAGCUGCAGCACCACCACCAAGUAUAGCUCCCGCAGUGAGCAGUGGUGGUGGGGUGGAAAGAGAUGAUCCUUGGAGGAGUUUUGAUAAUUCUGUUAAUGCGGUUUCUUUUGGUUUCGUUGCUACAGCUAUUUUGAUAUCCAUGUUUCUUAUCAUGGCCAUUUUCGAGAGGUUUCUCCGGCAAAGAUCGUCUGCCGCCGGUGGCCAGAACCGGUCAGAUCUCGAGGCACAGUCGAGGGUUCAUGGAAAGCUCGACUACCCAUCUCCAAAAAUGAGUAUUUAUGCUAGAGGGGUAUCAGUGCUGAUGCCUGGAGAAGAAAUCCCAACCUUCAUUGCUCAUCCAGCUCCAGCACCAUGUCCCAUGGAGGGCGUCGCACGGCCCCUCCAUCAACAUAAUCUGCUUCCCUCAAACACUUCAAUGCAUAGCCGUAUCAAUCAGUAAAUAGAAGAAAGCAAAGCUCAAGAAAGAACACAAGAUUGUUCAGGGAUUUUUGUGCUCUUCAACAAACUCAAGCCUUUGCAGAAUCUGUAGACGUGUAAAUCAACUUUAAUCCAAAAAAAAUUGAACUCUUCGCAAUUUGUGUGCUUGUAUCAUUUUACAUGUACAGUGCACGCUAGUUUUUCCAAACAGGUUCUGCCCUAAAAGGUUUUUUUAGUUUGUUGGGCUCUGUUUCUAUCU